ACACCGUUUUGUGCGUGUUCAAGAGUUGCUCGGGUUCGUUCGAUCGGUUCUUCCGCGGUAUCGACCGGUCCCGGUUGUGAUGGUCGCGCGCUUCAGUCCCAUGAAUCCAGUGAUAUAGUAAUUUCCUCGGUGUGCAUUUACCCGUGCAUCGUGGGCCGCAACGUUCCUGUGACGAUUCCACGCGCAACUCACUGAUGUAGAACAACAUGGCUAUCAACAUAAAAUUCACGAAAUUCGACAAUACACCAUGGGGAUUUCGAUUGGCAGGUGGAAGCGAUUUUCCACAGCCACUGACUGUCAUCAGAGUCACGGAGGGAAGCCUCGCAGAAUGCAUGGGCUUAAAGGUCGGCGACGUGGUGCUGAGACUAAACGACGAACCCAUCAGUAGCUUAACCCAUGGUCAGGCACAUGAAGAAUUAAUGCGAGCAGGAAAUAAUUUUGUUCUGGGUGUACACAGAGGAGAAGAUUCCCUCAGGGCUGUGGAGGCACUGUCUGACGAGAACAUCGUUCCAUACAAGAUACCUCUCGCAGAUUUACCGCCUGUCUUCCCAGAGCAAAUCUUGAAGGAGGAAACGGUGAUCGAGCGGCGCGAGAUCAUUUGCGAAAUAAAGGAGGAGGCCAAGACAGAAGUGGAAGCUCUCCCGGACAAGCCUAAAGACGCCAACAGCGAGAUCGUGCCGAAUCAGAAUCUCACGGACGACGAGAUCGCGCAGCUGAUCCUCGAAGAGGAGGAACUUUUGAACGACAAAGGCGUUCUAGGGGUGAAUUUCAAUAAACUAAGACCCCGUGCGACUGUGUUGAAACAGUCUAAAGUGAUCGAGGAGCUGCAGAAUAUCGCGACAGCGGAGCCUCCUCAGGUUGAACAGUUGAAACGCACCUCUGUGUUUCUGCAGAAACCGCAGAGACCGAUACCAGAGCCGAAAAAGAAACAGGAGGAGCAAGAAGAGAGCGAAGUCGAGUCGUACAAAGUCGUGAUAAAGAAGCAGAAAAAGAGGAGCGUGACCGACCGGCUACUGGAGAGGGGCCUGCUGAAGCCUGAGGGCGCGAGCACACCGGAACCCCCUACUCCCGAGGUAAAGAUGGAAAGUAACGACGAAAUGGGGACGAAAAUCGAGGAAGAUUCAUUGAUCGUUUCGUCAAUGCCGCUCGGUGAUAGUUCAUCCUCGCAAGAACCGACCGCCACCAUGUGUCCUUCCGUGGUCUCCCCUCCGUGUCUCGAGCCUUCGAUUGACAUCUGUCAGACCGAAUCCUCUCUCGAUAUCAUCGAGCUCGAUACUCCUACGAGCGUCGUUGAGUCUAACGUUGCACCGUUACAGUUGUCGAAACGCAGGGAGAAUCUAGCUUUAGCUCGUCGCGGGCAGAACAAGCGCAAGUUCAAGGGCUUCUACACCAGGGCUCAUUACUUCCGUCGGUGUAUAUUCGGGAGGAAAGGCCACGGUGACGUUAAGAAAACGGUUAAGGUAGUAAAACCGUCGUUCGGGGAAUACUUGGAGGAGAACGAGGCUUGCGACGACUGCUGCACGCAAUCGAGCAUCGUGGAGCAACAGCCUCAAGAAUCUGCGUCACGUCGCGGUAGCGUGGAGAAAUCCUCGAAAUCCAGGAUCAAAGGUCGUUACCUCGAGACGUACUUGAAGCGGGAGGAUAAUUGGAUGAGGCGUAUGGUCGACGGGCUGUUCGACAAGCCCGAUAGCUUUUCUUCGAAUUUUAUCUCGACGGAGGUUUUCCAUCGAGGUAGCAGACGAUUGUCGAGAUCGUGCAGGGCUAGCGUAUCCGCGGGCUCCUCCAAUUUCUCCAGUAUUUUGAAAAGUUUCUUCGUCAGUUGGCUGCCGUUGAGAUUCUCGAGAGAGUCGACGGCGACACCAUCGGCGACUCCGGAGCCCUAUCGAUCGGAUCAGGAGUCGCGUCCAGAGUCGAAGGCCGAAUCGAAACCGGAGGAGAGCGAGACCGAGGAGCAGCAAGAACCGGAAGAGGCAACACGGUGCAACAAGGAGGAGGAGCAGGAGGAGAAGAACGAGGGUGUUCGCGAGGAGGACACUCGUGAGAAGCAGCAGCAAACGACACGGGAGAGCGUUCUGAGCGAGAUCGAGAAAGAGAUGGCGGACGUGGCGGCGAAGGUCGAUAAAGCGAAGAUCAGAGAGCUGGUGAGCACGGAGAUCAACCUGGAGAAGCAGCUGGAGAACGUGCAACGACAGCUGCUCACGUUGAAGCAACUACCAACCGAGAUCGAGAGUCACCUGAGAAUCGUCUCCGAGCAACUGCAGAAGAUCAUGGAGUUGAGCGGCGUCCAAAACGGCGUUCAAAACGGCGCCACCGCAGCGAACGACGAGGCUCGCCGAGAGGCAGAAGAAGUUGAAGAACACGAAGAACUGGAGGUGACGGAAGAACACGAUGUGACGGAGUACACGGAGGAGAUGUCGUAUUCGGCGCUUUCCGACGAGCAUACGCGAAUAAUCCAACCCAGCGAGGAAGAAGAGGGAGAAACUGAGACACAAGAACUGGAGGGAACUCUGUCGGUGAAGAGCGAAGAGGGAUGCAGGGUGAAAAAAUUCGUCGUCUCGUACGAGACGAAGGUUUUGAAAUCUCCAAGUCCUGCACCUUCUCAGGGAAGUUACGAACCAGACCCAAAUCUAUCGGCAAAAGAUCAAGUUAUUCAGGAGUUGCAGGAGAGAGUGAAGCAACGAGGGAGGAAACGUUCGCAAGAUCUCUGGCCCCAGGCUAAGCAGGUCGAACUUACACUCGGCCGCAGAUGGAGGUGUCCGAAUGAUUUCUUCAAUGAUGAAAUGAUCGCCGAGGUUUUAUCUUCCCAGGCGGAAGUAAUUCGAGGCAGAGCCCUAGGGGUAAACUUCAAGAAGUACGAGAAGACGGCUCUACCAAACUACGAUCACUUGAUGAACUCGAGCGUCUAUAAGAUGAUUCAUAAGAUGGACCGCGAACCGAAGCGAGGAAUUCCAGCUAGGCCUGCCAAAGUGAACGCCGCGGAGGACAUAAUCGAGAGAGUCAAAUCCCCAGCGUUGAGCGUCGCGGAUGACAGGAGCACUCGAAGCAUCAGCCAUUGAAUCCACGAGACAUUAAUGAAGAAAGAAAGGAAUUCGAAAGGAGAGAGAAAGAGAGGACGAUGAAUGAAGAGCAAUCGAACGCGACUUGUCGGCGUAAAAAAAGC